AUGGCGCAAACACCUGCCACUGGUUCUUACAACAACCCGUUGAAGAAAUUCAAGUUAGUAUUUCUCGGCGAGCAGAGUGUCGGGAAAACGUCUUUAAUCACACGGUUCAUGUACGACUCUUUCGACAACAUGUAUCAGGCGACCAUCGGCAUUGAUUUCCUUUCAAAAACCAUGUAUCUGGAAGAUCGAACGGUGCGGUUACAACUCUGGGAUACGGCCGGCCAAGAACGUUUUAGGAGUUUGAUUCCCUCGUACAUCCGAGACUCAAGUGUGGCAGUGGCGACAGAUAUGAAAUCAUUCAAUAAUACGCGGAAAUGGGUUGACGAUGUCCGUGGUGAGCGAGGGAACGACGUGAUAAUUGUACUCGUGGGAAACAAGACCGAUUUAGGCGACAAACGUGAAGUCACAACACAGCAAGGGGAGGAGGAAGCUAAGAAGAAUAACUUAAUGUUUAUCGAGACGAGUGCGAAGGUGGGCCACAAUGUGAAGAAUCUGUUUCGACGGAUAGCACAGGCGUUACCAGGAAUGGAGGGGGCAGAAGGCAGCACCACUGCCAGCAACCAGAUGAUUGAUGUCAACAUAAACCCAACACCACAAAGCCAGGAGGGAUGUGCUUGUUAG